AUGACUACAAGCUACACAAUACGAAACGGCGUGCGUGAGUCGUGCGAAGGCUCUAAAACUCCUAAAUCCGGACUAACUCGAUUCCCAAAGCUCAGCGACAACGCAACUUACGUCAAUCUCACAGGUCAUACAAAUCCAAGCGCAGGAUGGAAGUGGUGGUACUUCCGAAAGGACUGCGACUGGUCUAUAAGUACAUUGUCCCAGAUGGCGAUGGUUAGUACCCUGGAGCAGGUGUUCGACAAACAGGAGGCUUCCAUAGGGUGCGACGGCGGCGUUUUCAGAUCAGCUCACCUACGCGUACUAUUCCAAGAUGGCAACAUUACAGUCAAAAGCAUUGAUGAGCGUAUCAAAGGGCUAGCGACCGCAAUUACUACCGUAAUCCGUACAAGUGCAAUACCAAUUAGAGGUAGAGAUGGCACUGUGAUGGUAGAGGCCGAUGAGAACGCCACAGGAACCGUAUGGAACAACGCAACUUGCAUCUACAUUAGGUGGUCUUGGAUCUCAUUCCCAUGUAUCAUGAUCAGCUUCACAGGCUUGUUCCUCUUGCUAGUCGCUUUUGAGAAUCGCGACAUCGAGUCAGAUCGACUCUGGAAAAGCUCGUUCCUUGCUGCACUUUUUUGCGAAGUGGAAGUGCCCCAGAAACCGGCUGGGAAAGAGGAGAUGAAGGCUAUGGCAAAGUCAACGAGUGUCAGCCUGGAGGAUAGGAGAGCGACGUUGAGAUUUGUCUCAGGCUAG